AUGGCCCAAGCAGCCAGCGUAAUCGAAACCGCCUACCAAACCAUCGGCAACCCCGACCUCCAAGCCCGACCCGACAUCAUGCUCGUCGCAAUCCUAGGCAUCAUCGACCGCGGCUGGAAACUAGACGUCAUGCUCCGAGCAUGCUACCAACGUUUUGAAAAGACCACUGCAGGACCAUUAUUUUGGCCGAAUCUGUCAUCCGCCCCAUUUGAUGUCGAGAUGAAACCCGAAGCUAAUGAGAGGGAGAAUAUCUUCCCUGUGGAGUUUCGGUUUCCGAGUAUGACUGUGGCGCAUACAUGUAUGGUAUACUGGGCCACAACCUGCAUUCUCUGGUCCGGUCUGAAAGUCCUAUACAGCCUCCUCGCAGUGUUCAAAGCCCAACUCGACGCUCUCCCUUCCGCAUGUCCCGGCAGCGGCACAUCUCCCCCAUCUACUUCCACUUCUACACCCAGUUCCACCUCCACCUCUUCUUCCAACCUCAACCCCCACCCCAACCUCAGCACCCUCCCACCUCUCCCCUCCCUCACCUGCAUAGACCCCACCCACCCCGCAAAAUCCAUCUGCCAAUCCCUCCCCUACAUCCAGCUCACCGGGCCCAUGGCUCCCGCCAGCGCAGUAUUCCCCUUAAAAGUAGCGAUUGAGACGCUGAGUGCAGACCCGAUGUGUGGGAGGGAGACGGCGUGGGCCGAGGAGGCGAUGGAGAGGAUUAGGAGUGGGACGGGGGUGAGAAUCCUGGGGCAUUUGGGAGGGAAAUUCACGGAUAGGGCGUUUAUUCCGGGGUGA